AUGAUCCUGUUUCCAGGAAUGGAUCUCCUGGAGCUAGCCGUGCACAGCGGGCUGGACGUGCCACAGAAGCGGCCCCUGAACCCCAGGGGCCAGCUGGAGCCGCAGGAGCCCAGGAUCCGAAGGAGAGUGGGCCGCAUCCUGAGGGAGGUGAGGCAGAGUGCGGGGACAGCAACGCCUCCUCUGACUGACGACGGAGAGUCAUGGCCUCCAGCGCCUCAGUCGCCCUCCUCUCCCACCACCAGCCUCCCCCUCCGCGUCCUGCCCAGCCUCUCCACCCAGGACAUGAAGACCGCCGAAAAACCCGAGCUAGGCGUGCAGGAUUUGAAGAGCAUGCUCCAGAACCACAGAGAGAAGAGGAAGAGGCAUCCGGACCACCCGGACCUCGUCACCUCUGACAUCCACCUGGGGAACAUGCUCUCCAGGGUCAACAUAGGUCGGAAGGGCUCCUCUGUGGCUCUGUUUGACCUCGCUUUGCCCAAGAAGAAGAUCAAAGAGGAGAGGAGGAAGAAGAGGUUGAGGACGACAGUGAAGCUGGAGGCUGAGGACCCGUGUGAGGCCCUCAUGACUUCCGAUGCCGUGGCUCUAUCGGCCAAUCACGUCCCCUCUCUCCCUGACACGCCCACCCCACCGCCACUGGCCAACGUCAAGGAGGAGGUCAUUGAGGAGUGCCAGAGCAGCCCAGCGGUGGUGGAGGAGAUCUCCAUCAGCUUCUUCAACCUGCUGGAGUCUAUCAUGAAGACAGAGAAUCUCUCCAGUACCUCUCUGCUCGAGGAGAAGGUUCAAACAUGGCAGUUGUCUCCCGCCACCUCCCUCAACCCCUGGUUUUCCUUUGCUUCCUGUUGGUCGGAGUUAGUACUUCCUGCCCUGCAGUUCCUCGCUGGAGAAGCCAAAGAUGGCAUGAUGACGCUGCCCACCGGCUUCUCUCCCUACGUGGAGUUCGGGGAUCAGUCCCAGCAGUGGAGGUGGAUCGGGCCCAGUCUAGAUGCAGAGAAGGACCUCAGUGCGUUGUGUCAGCUGUGGAUCGAUUCCAAGGACCUGGUUGUCAAGAUGGAGCAUGAAGACCUAUCGGAGAUAACCUCCCCCGUGCCUAGGGUCAGCUGGACGGACUACGUGGUGCGCCCCAGCACGGGAGAUGAGAGACACGUCUUCCAGAUCCAGGAACAACAGCGCUACGACCAGCCACACAAGGCCUUCACCUUCCGGAUGCAUGGCUUCGAGUCGGUGGUGGGGCCCGUCAAAGGGGUCUUCGACAAGGAGAUGUCCCUGAACAAGGCCCGGGAGCACACCCUGCUACGAUCCGACCGGCCUGCCUACGUCACCAUCCUGUCCCUGGUGCGAGACGCAGCGGCCAGGCUUCCUAACGGAGAGGGGACCCGGGCGGAGAUCUGUGAGCUCCUGAAGGACUCCCAGUUCCUAGCCCCUGAUGUCACCAGCGCCCAGGUGAACACGGUGGUGAGUGGGGCGCUGGACCGGCUGCACUACGAGAAAGACCCGUGUGUGAAGUACGACAUCGGACGCAAGCUGUGGAUCUACCUGCACCGCGACCGCAGCCAGGAGGAGUUUGAGCGUAUUCACCAGGCCCAAGCCGCCGCAGCCAAAGCCAGGAAAGCUCUUCAGCAGAAACCCAAACCCGCCCCUAAACCGAAGUCUGGGAGCAAAGAGCCUGGCGGUAAGAUCCAAGGCUCCCUGGAGGGCGGCCUGGAGUCCAGUCCCAUGUCCCCCAUCCCCGCCACCCCAAGCACCCCCGGCACCCCCAAAUCUCCCCUGCCCUCCACAGUGGGCACCCCCACCAAGACGGGGCUCCCGGACAUGGUGAAGAGCAGCCAAGGGGUGCUGCUGGUGGCCCCUCCCUCCAUGCCCCAGCUGGGCUCCCUGCUGCCCAGCAGCCAGGCUGCCUCCGCGGCCGCCCAGCAGCCCCCCUCCUCCUCCUCCCUCUCCUCCUCCCACCAGCACGCCGCCCGGCUGGUCAGCCACCUGGGGGCCGGGGCCCUGCCCCAGGUCCGCAUGGUGUCGGCCCAGCCCGCCGUCGGGGGCCCGCAGGCCGCCCUGCUGCACCAGACCGCCCACCAGAUCAGGGUGCCCGUCUCCCUGGGAACCAAGGGCCUCUCGCAGGUAACGCGUGUCUUGCAGACGGUGGUAUCCCUGCCGCUACGGAGCCAGGCGGGCAGCAGCCCCGUGGGGGUUCCCACCACGCUGUCGGUGUCGGCCCUGGCUGUGGCCAAGCCCCGGCCCGGGUCCCCCGGGAGCCCGGCCAAGACCCUGGUCACCCCCGCCCUCCUGCAGGGCAUGGCCGGCCAGAGCAUCAAACAGGUGUCCAUCACCGGCCAGCUGGGCGUGAAGACGUCCGUGGGCGGCGGCGGGAUCCCCAUCACGGCCACCAACCUGCGGAUCCAGGGCAAGGACGUGCUGCGGCUGCCGCCCUCCUCCAUCACCACCGACUCCAAGGGCCAGACGGUGCUGCGCAUCACGCCCGACAUGAUGGCCACCCUGGCCAAGUCGCCCGUGGCCACCGUCAAGCUCUCCCCGGACUUCCUGGGCUCGGCCGGCCACGGCGGGGGGAAGAGCAUCUCGGCCACGCUGCACGUGACCCCGCCCCACUCCUCCUCCUCCUCCUCCUCCACCACCCUCUCCAGCCUGGUGACGGAGGCCGGGAAAGCCGGUCUCAAGGUGGGCCACGCCUCCUCCUCGCUGCUGAAGGCGGGCGCGGCCGACACGGCCAUCCGCCUGAUGCCCACGCUGGCCGUCACCGUGGGCGACCAGAAGACCAGGACCUUCUCCACGCACGUGUCGUCGGCGUCCGGGGACUCGAAGGGCGCCGCCACCAUCCGCAUCAUGCCCGGCCUGGGGGUCAUCCCGCACAAGCAGGGCCAGACCAUCACCAUGACGACCAUGGCCGGCAGCAAGCCGCUGACGGUGUCGGCCGGCCCCGGGACGGUGACCAUGGCGGCGGCCGGUGCCCUCGGCGCCAAGGGGAUCACGGUGUCCGCCUCGCCGCUCACCAUCGGCACGGCGACCGGCACCGUGCGCCACGUGCCCGUCACGGCCACGGUGGUGACCACACAGGCGGGUAAGCUGCCCACCAGGAUCACGGUGCCUCUGUCCGUCCUCAACCAGCCGCUGAAGACCAAGAGCGUGGUGACCUCGCCCAUGGUGAAGGGGAGCCUCAACACCAGCCUCAGCAGCCUUGGGAGGAACAUCAUCCUGACCACCAUGCCGGCAGGCACCAAGCUCAUGGCCGGGAACAAGCCGGUCAGCUUCGUCACCGCCCAGCAGCUGCAGCAGCUGCAGCAGCAGGGUCAAGCCACACAGGUCCGGAUCCAGACCGUUCAGACCCAGCAGAUCCAGCAGCACGUGGCGACGGGAUCUCCUAAAUCUGUGUCCACCGUGGUGGUCACCACCGCACCCUCGCUGAAAUGUCCGCCGGACCCCUCGGCCGCCCCUCAACCAUGA